AUGCCAUCCACACAAGCAGCCCUGAACAGCAAACACAAACCUGAUGCGGGCAGCCGGCCAAGGCCCCUCGUGGAAUGCAAAGCCAUCCACGACUCCCUCACCCCUGGGCCGGUGCGCCAAACUACUGGUGCGCGAUCCGCCCGCUUCCCCUUGCGGAGUUUCCGGAAACAUGCCGCUACGGUAUCCGAGCGCUGCCAGGGCUAUCUGCGUUUACGAGCGCUUGAACAGCACAGCCAGCGGCUACAGCGCCCACGGAGGCCGCUUGAUCAUGAGGGGAGCCCGCAGCCCAACGGUGCGCCUGACCACCCCGACGUCGCGACGGAAACCGCCGCAGACGUGCCCGGAUUGCCCGGCGCCCAGAAUGAUCCCAGCGAGGCUGUGUGGCGCGGUUGUGCGACCGCGGGAAGGAGUGCGCGACGGCGCGCAGAUGCGACCCACAGACAGCGAGGGGGGUCCCCCCCUCCUCCCCCGAGUGGUGGGCAACUCUCGCACCCCGGGCCGGCGGCCAAGAACGUGAGUGGCUCCGGCCGGGUCCGAAAGAACACGGGGAGGUGCUGUGAGAGUGAGCGUUUCUAG